CUGUAAACAAGGCCAUAGUCAUCGGGGCCAUUUCCAUUCCACUCCAGCGGAGCGGACGCCACGCGGGCGUCGGCCGCGACGCGACAAGACCGACCGACCGACCGCCGCGCCAAACAGAAAAACCACGGCACCACGCAAACGCUGCCGCCGACGACGCGCGGCACCACCGCACGGACGCGACCACCGAUCCGAUCCCAACCAGCUCGUCUCGGCUCCCGCCCCGCCCCACUCUCAGAUCCGCGGAUCCCAAAUUCCGAGUCCAUUUCGGCACCCACCCUGCCGAGCCACCCGCCUCGCCAUGGCGGACUGCCGCAGCCUCAUCGAAUUCCUCCGGGCCUUCGAGCAGCACCGGCGCCGCGCCUCCUCCUCGGACGCUUCCUCCCCGCGCCCCCGCCGCGCGUCCCUCUCCUCCUCCUCCUCCUCCUCCACCACCACCGCCUCGCGGUCGCGAUCGCGGGGCCGGCUAUUCCCCGCCCUCUGCGACCAUUCCGCGCUGGCCGCGGUCGACGCGCUCGCGCUCCUCGCGUCGCUCGCCGCUCUCGCGUUCCUUGCAGCGCCCUACGCGCGGCUGCUGGCUGUCGAGGCGCGGGACGCGGUGGCCACGGUGGCGACGCGCCACCCGGCGGCGCCGUGCGUGCCACUGGCCGCGGGCGUGGCGGCUGGGGCCGCCGUGCUGGCGUGGGACGCCGCGUCGCACCGAGCGCGCCGGUGCGGCAGGCCCCGGUGCCGCGGCCUGCGCAAGGCCGUGGAGUACGACAUCCAGCUCGAGACGGAGGAGUGCGUGCGCGGCCUGCUGCCGCUUUCGCACGGCGUAGGAGGCGGGGCCGCGGCCACGUGGCCAGUGGCGGGGCUUGGGGACGAGCACCGGGAGCUUGAGGCGGUGCUCAGGAAGAUGGCGCCGCCCAAUGGCCGUACCGUGCUUAUCUUCCGUGCGCCGUGCGGGUGCCCAAAAGAGAGGGUGGAGGUCUGGGGCGCUAAGAAGGUGCGCCGGAUGAAGAAGUAGGGAAGCCAUGAAGAACAAACAGCUGAAGGCUCUCCUCCUCCCAUGGCGAAAUAAUGAGCGAAUAAUUGGCGUGACUGCUCCAUCUCAGAUAACUACAGUUUCUACGUACAUGAUAGUAUUACAGUUCCCUGCUAUUCUAGUCUCUUGUAGGAAGCAUAAUGUGCUCACGGAGAGGAAUAAUUGUGGAGGUAGAUACAAUGUCAUCAGUGGAUUAUGCAAUAAGUGGUUGUUGCCUAUUGGGUAUAUAAAUAAGCGCAGCAGAGACAAAUCCUUUUUUUUCUUACUUAAUUAAAAACUUGCUAUAUCGUCUAA